AUGAGCACGAUACAGAACCUCAAAAACUUUAUACGUCAUGGCAAGCAGGCCAGAGUCGCAGACCCUCCACGCGACCAACCUACGACCAACCUCUCUCCUGUACAUGCUCAACAACAGAAAUACAAUGCUGGCAUAAGUGAGCCUGCAAUCGCCCAUCGGCAACCACAGCACUACGCCCAACCCCAUGCCGGCGAGUAUUCCGCCGCCGCCGUAGACAACCGCAAUGCUGCCGCUCAGGCCGGCGGUGCCGCAGCGCAUGCCGCAGGCAAGCAUCAAAAGAUUCAAGCCGAGAUCGAGGCUCUGGUGGCCGAAGAAAGAGAACAGGCCAACAAGAUGCCCAAAUAUCCUGGUCUGGAAAGAUACAUUUUGUUGGAGAAGAUGGGCGACGGAGCGUUCAGCAACGUCUACAAGGCUCGAGACACCAAGACCGGCGACGAUGUUGCGAUCAAAGUCGUCCGAAAGUUCGAAAUGAACUCGAAUCAGCGAGCCAAUAUUCUGAAAGAGGUGCAGAUCAUGCGCCAACUGGACCAUCCUAAUAUCGUCAGACUCAUUGAUUUUUCUGAAUCACGGCAAUAUUACUACAUCGUCCUUGAGCUUUGCCCUGGCGGUGAAUUAUUCCAUCAAAUCGUUCGCCUGACAUACUUCAGCGAAGAUCUAAGCCGCCACGUCAUCACACAAGUCGCCCAAGCACUACGCUACCUGCAUGAAGAGUGUGGCGUCGUCCAUCGAGAUAUCAAGCCAGAGAACCUUCUAUUCUAUCCCACACCUUUUAUUCCCACUCGUAAUCCAAAACCGAAAGGACCAGACGAAGAGGACAAGGCGGACGAAGGCGAAUUCAUCCCCGGGGUCGGUGCUGGCGGCAUUGGCCGCAUCAAAAUUGCCGAUUUCGGUCUUUCUAAGGUGAUCUGGGAUUCGCAAACCAUGACACCGUGCGGCACCGUCGGCUACACGGCCCCCGAGAUAGUCAAGGAUGAGCGAUACAGCAAAUCUGUCGACAUGUGGGCGCUUGGCUGUGUCCUCUACACGCUGCUUUGCGGUUUCCCUCCCUUUUACGACGAAUCGAUACAAGUCUUGACAGAAAAGGUCGCUCGUGGUCAAUACACUUUCCUCUCUCCUUGGUGGGACGACAUUUCGAAACCUGCCCAAGACUUGGUCUCACACCUAUUAACUGUCAAUCCGGAGAAACGCUACACGAUCGAUGAAUUCCUGGCACAUCCUUGGAUCCGCAACACUACAGAACCCACCUAUGCCGCCGCCGAUGCUCCUCCUUUGGCCACUCCCCUGGCUGUGAGACAAAAGCAAUGGAUACAGGCAGGCAAUCUCCCCGCGGAUGCCUACACGCUAGCAACGCCUGGAACUCCUGGCAGACGAGCCGACUUCCGUUCUCCCGGCGCUCUUAACCUACGUGAGGUCUUUGACGUGGGCUAUGCUGUCCACCGACAAGAAGAGGAAGCUAAGAGACGGAAGAAUUUCAAGCAAGGAUACCGGGGCGCGGGCAUACCUGGUGGUCUAAAUCCAUUGACCGAAGACGAUGACAUUGAGGACGAGGAGUACGAUGCAGAAAUCUCGAGCAAAGUCCCCAAGGCACAACAACCCACCGAUGUUUCGAGUAUGGAAACCAAGAUGCGCCAGACCAACCUGGGAACACAGCCGUCCGCCGCGGCACAGGCCCGGACAGCGGCAGCCCCCGCUCGAAGUCAACACCACAAUCAGCAGCAAGAGAAAGGUUAUGGUCAGCACAGUGCCUCGGUUGCGGCAGCAGCCAGGCAAAGCGUCGGACGGCGGAACAAGCAACCAUUUGAACUCAGCCUGGACAAUUCCACGCUCUUAGGAAGGAGGAAUAAGGUGGCAGCGGUUCCUCAAGUGCCGACUUCGAAAUUGAGAGAAGAGCUGAGCGUCCGAUGA